AUGUCAAAUCUCAACGAUGACGACGACGAAUGGGGUGCAUUCGAUCAGGCGCGUCCCUCCACUGACCGUUCUGAUGAUCCAUCAGCCUCCUCCAACUCGACUCGAUCUCAGGAAGCUCAUCAAUUGGCUCAUCAACAAUCACUAGAAGAGUGGGGCGCAUUUGAAACAUCUGAAAAUGCGAAGGAUGCAGCUGGAGAUGAUGAUGAUGAGUGGCAAGCGGAAUUCAGCUCGGCAGCUCCACCUCCACUUUCAGUUCCAGAUGUUCCUCUGGAAAAUCUGAAAAUUCUGGAAGAAAUGCUAGAUGAUGAGUCUUUUUGGGAUGAUGGAUAUGCGGAAGGAGACCGAGACGGAGAAGAGAAUUCAACUGAUGCUAUCGAUAUCCCAUCGUUAUUUGAUUCAGAGAAUCUUGAUGAAAUGUCGAAAGAAUUCGAAGAUGUAGAAAAACAGAAGUACUCAAAAUUAUGGCUAUCACUUCGUGUAAUUGAAGAAGCGAUCUCGCUGAAAUUCGACUGGAAACAGUCGGAAAUCCGCAAGAAUCAUUUUAAAUCACUCAAAAUUAACCCUAUUGCUGUCAAAAAAGAAACUCGCGCCACGGCGGCCGCCGCAUUCGACACUUCCAACCUUUUGCUUCCCACCCCGAUUCUCCAACCAACGUCUUCUGACUCGAAUCAUGACUUAACGAAUAAUCCGAAGACGUCGUCCUCAUCCCCAUCUGUCGACUCGCCUUCUGUUCCAGCUGUCGACUUCGAUUGGGACACGUCGGGUCUAACGAAUCCAAUGAAUCGAGCUAACCAAAGCUCUGCUAUCAUCGAUGUUGACUUCCUCGGCACGAAUGGUGUGGCGUCGGCGUACACGAAUCCGUUGCAGCAAGACUUUGAACACUUUGGGUUGAAUGGGGUGAAGACGACAGAAGCUAGUAAUGGAUCGAAAAUUCUGGAACAACUUAUGUCUGGAAUGAAUGGAACUUCCGAUCACUAUCGUUCCACCGAACUCCUCUCAUUGGAUGCCCGAAAGCUACUCGAACGUCUUCCGGAUAUCGGAUAUCUUCGAGCGACAUCUCUGAAACUUCCACUGGGAACAAAUCUCCCUCAUUAA